AUGAUGUUGAGGGUCUACGAUGACCUGCCGGAUCCAAGUGUACGUCAGAAUCGGCACUCAUUAUCAGCAUGGGUGGUCGAAGGGAAGAAUCUGGCGUCUCGGGCACACAACCGAGCCAGCAUGCACAUCAGAAGGAAAUCCAACGCCCAGAACAGGAUCAGCGCGCCUUAUGAUUUCCACUAUGUAGGCGGAUUCCAGCCCCCGCCUGUGCCUGCUGUGCCCAGCCAGUUUCGGCCACUGGAGCUCAGUAUCUAUCACGGCGGCAAGCGACUAUCGGAUCUGCCCUCGUUCGAAGCCUUCAGCCUGGAAGACCGCCCCCAACGCAAGACGCUGGCGGUGCCCCCACGGGCGUUAGCUUCUGCUGAAUACCGAAUGCGGCGCACUCAAUCAACAGCAGCUGCAUUCACGAUCCCACGGAAGCCAACACCGUCUGCCGGGGAUAUAGAGCAGCUGGUCGAGCAACCAGCCCCAGUUCGCGUCACCAGCGCGCUGAUCCCGCAUUUCUCGGUCGUCACUCCGGUCGUGAUUCUUCCUCCGCCAGUGGAUCUCUCAUCACCCGUCUCGGAUGAUAUGAGCUUACAUUCCGAUCGGGUGAGCCCAUUCAGCCCAUACGGCUAUUAUCCAUCACCAGCGGAAAUCGAGGCGGCUACUCGGUUAAUACACGAUGCAAUAAUAUCUUCGACGCCGGUCUCACCCAAAACUCCGUCUCCCAUAUCAGAUCUCGAGGGAGUCAAGCAAAUAGAGGCCGCAGAAACCCUCGAGCCAAGCUCUCAGCCUCAGCAGGUGGAUGUGGAGAAUCACCACAGGCACACAACCCCAGAAAACUUCUUCUCCAACCCCGUGACAGGCUGGUUCCAACCCCAUCACCAUCAUGACAAUAAAGACCCGAGUACAUACGAUAAACAAGCCAGUGUGCCGGGCGAAAAAGGAUUUGAAUUCGAUCGAACCCGCACAUCGAGCGGGUCCACCGUCGGAACGAGCAUCACAGCCGCAACGGUUGGCCCGAACCGGACACGCCAUAACUCUUCCGUAUCCAGCACAAUGACCAACACGCCUUCACUGCACGGCUACUCCCCAUCCACAGAAAAGGAUCUCGAGGCUGGUAUCUCGCUCAGUCAUAGAAUCAGCACCCCGCGAAACAGCUACCCCACAAUCUAUGAGGACCAUCAGCAGCAAUCUCCUCAAUCGGAGUAUGAGUAUCCAUCGUCAGAUGACUCAAGGCGAUGGAGUGGUCCAGCUGUUGGGGUGGCUUUCUAG